AAGUUUGUCCCCUCCAACUUCUUCUUUUUCUCCACCCCCCCCCCCACUUCUUCUCGAUGCGACUUCCGUGCCGUGCGUGAAGACGCGAGGGGCUCGCGUGUUUUCUUGGCUUGCGGCGCCCGGCGACACGGAGGACGGCGGCCAUGGGACUCCCCACGCUGGAGUUCAGCGACUCUUUUCUGGACGGCCCCGAUUUCCGAGAGCGCCUCAAGUGUCAUGAAGUCGAACUGGAGAGGACCAAUAAGUUCAUCAAGGAGCUUAUUAAGGACGGAAAUAUGCUCAUCGGCGCGCUGAGGAAUCUUUCGGCCGCCGUCCAGAAGUUCUCUCAGUCGCUGCAGGAGUUCCAGUUUGAGUGCCUAGGUGACGCCGAGACGGAUGAUGAGGUCAACAUUGCCCAGUCCUUCAAGGAGUUCUCCAAGCUGCUUAACACCAUGGAAGAGGAGAGACGACGCUUGAUUCAGAACGCAGAUGACGUCUUGAUCACUCCCUUGGAAAAGUUUCGCAAGGAGCAGAUUGGCGCUGCCAAGGAUGGGAAAAAGAAAUUUGAUAAGGAGACGGAGAAGUAUUACUGCACGCUUGAGAGGCACCUGAACCUGUCGUCCAAAAAGAAAGAAGCUUAUCUUCAAGAGGCCGACACUCAGAUUGAUAAGGAGCGGCAACUCUUCUACGAUGCGUCCCUCGAGUACGUCUUCAAAAUCCAGGAAGUGCAAGAAAAGAAGAAGUUUGAAUUUGUGGAGCCGCUGCUGGCCUUCCUGCAGGGCUUGUUUACGUUCUACCACGAAGGAUACGAGCUGGCUCACGAGUUUGAGCCGUACAAGCAGCAGCUCCAGUUCAACCUCCAGAAUACACGCAACAACUUUGUGAGCACCAAGCAGGAAGUGGAGAAGCUGAUGAAGAGGAUCAGGUCGGCGGACCAGGACUACAAAGUUCCGGGCCCGUGGAGCAUGGAGGGCUUCCUGUACGUACAGGAGAAACGUCCUCUGGGCUGCACUUGGGCAAGACAUUAUUGCACGUAUGAGAAAAGCAGCAAGACGUUUGCGAUGAGCAAUACUGACAACAAGUCAGCCAAUAAACAGAAUGGUUUGGUGCCUAACCAGGCGGAAAUGUUCAAGCUCAGGUCGUGCAUCCGGAGGAAAACGGACUCCAUCGACAAGCGCUUCUGCUUCGACAUUGAGGUGGUGGAAAGAAACGGCGUCUGCCGCGGAACUCUUUUCAGGCCGCUUCGGUUGUUCUAUAAAGUCCGGCAUGGUGUCAUGACGCUGCAGGCGCUGUCCGAGUCCAACAGACGGCUGUGGCUGGAGGCCAUGGAUGGCAAGGAGCCGAUUUACAACCUCCCCGCCAUAUUGAGCAAGAAGGAAGAGACAUUCCUUAACGAAGCCGGCUUCAACUUUGUGAGGAAGUGCAUCUCCCUGGUUGAGAGCAGAGGUUUAAAUACGAAGGGGCUCUACAGGAUUGGCGGCGUCAACUCCAAAGUGCAAAAGCUGAUGGCGACAGUGUUUUCAUCGAAGGCGCCAGCAGACCUGGACCUGGAUCCCGAGAAAUGGGACAACAAGACCAUCACCAGCGGCCUGAAGAAUUACCUCAGGUGCCUCUCUGAGCCGCUAAUGACCUUCAAGCUGCAUAAAGAUUUCAUCAUGGCUGUCAAAUCUGAUGACCAGAACUACCGAGUGUGCGCUGUCCACUCUUUGGUCCACAGGCUGCCUGAGAGGAACAAAGAGAUGCUGGAGCUGCUUAUCAAGCAUCUCGUCAUCGUUUCCACGCAAAGUCAGUCCAACAUGAUGACCGUGUCCAACCUGGGAGUCGUCUUCGGACCCACCCUGAUGCGCUCGCAAGAGGAGACUGUGGCCGCCAUGAUGAACAUAAAGUUCCAGAAUAUUGUGAUGGAAAUUCUGAUUGAGAAUUUUGACAAGAUCUUCCAUCAGCCUCCGGAUCCUAAUGUGCCGCAGCCUCAGGGCCGGCCCGGUUCCCGCAGGAGCAGAGCCAUUUGCGUGGCGAGCGGUCCCCGGAAGCCCCGCAGCCUCUACACGCCCACCCUGUGCCUGGCCGAUGCAGAAAGCGACGCGUGCAGCAGCAGUCCCGGCAGCACCCCCGCGGGCAGCAUGGAGUCUCUGUCCUCGCACUCCUCGGAGCACGACGGCGCAUCCAAAGCGGAGUCGGCCACCGCCGUCAAACCCGAGGACGUCACGCCCCCUGACGCCGCGUCCCUGCGCUCCAGCGGGCCCCGGAGCACGGAGUCCAGCUCCAAGGAGGAGGCCCCCCCGACCGACGUGGAGCCGGAGGACGCCGUCGCCCCCAAAAAGGCCCCCCACCGUCACUUCCCUGAACUCAGACCGCCUGAUCUCACGGCCGCAACCUCUGUCAAGUCACUGAAUCUGAAUGAAGGCCAAAGGUGCUGCUCGAGAUCCACCCAAAACCUGUCCACGCUGGAUCUCAUCGAUCACUUGAAGCCCGCCGAUCUCCUGCCGCUUCCGCCUAAGCUCGUGAUCCGGCGACGGGGCGCGGCGGCGGCCGGCAACGGAUACCAAAGACCAGGCUCGGUGGUGGCUGCCAGAGCGCUGCUUUUUGAACACGCCGCCGCCCAACCGCCCGCCACGCUCGGGAGGGACGCCCAGGCCGUCUACUCGUGCGAGGCCGAGCACAGCCACGAGCUCAGCUUCCCCAAGGGGGCGCACUUCAGCAACGUGUACCCCUCGGUCGAACCAGGAUGGCUGCAAGCGACCUACCAGGGAAAAACGGGUUUAAUCCCCGAAAACUAUGUCAUCUAUCUUUAACUUUUAGGUUUUUUUUUUGUGCCUCCAUGGCAUCCAUGGAAAAGCCCUUAACUGUCGAUUGUAGCUGUGUGGUUUCCAGCUGUCUGGGUCGGGGCUAGAACAUGACAAACAUACCUCCUUUUUUUUUUUGUUUUUUUAUUAGGAAAAAGUCUUCCUCAAAUGUGGUUUCAAUAAGACAGACGUGAUUUGUCUUUUUUUAACACGUUUUUAUGACCACAAAUGACACACGAAAAUCACUUGACAAGUUUUAUUGCCUUGAAAUAUCUUCAACAAUCUUUGAUUAAUGUAUUUUUUUUUCCCUGUAGAAACAGAGACCGGGUGGUGGGUGUGGGGGGCUCACACGCUGCCGUGCUCCCCCCACCCGCACUGGCAAAAACUUGGAUUCUUUCCAAUUUAGCGAGCGAUCAGACAAAAUUUCUACAAGUUCAAAUUUGAAGGAUCCUUGUUGAUGACAUAUUGCAAAUGGCCUUCUUGUGAAUUUGAGUCUGAUCAUGCUGGGGCUGAUUGACGAAUUUCAUGUUGCUCACUGAAAACUUCUUCAGUGGAUGAAUUUUCCUUUUUUUUUUUUUUUUUAAUUUUAUUCUAGAAGGUACAAUUACAAAACAGGACAUUAAGACUGUGAUUAAGUAGCCUUUAGGAACAAUUUUAAACUAUACUCAAAACAUAUUGCAAGUUAUGUAAAAUGUACUCUUGAUUAAAUGUAGCAAAUGUAGUUUCAAGUUAAAUCCAACCAAACUGUGCUUAGGCAGUGAUUCUUUUGAGUUCCACAAGAGGGAGCCCAUGAGCGGCCAUCACUGGCACAGACUUUUAUGCUGUUUUUUUAAAAAAAAAAAAAUUUUUUACAUAGACAAAAAUCAGUCUGUAGCAAAUCUAGGUGUGUCGUAGAAUUCAACGCUAUUAUUCUGUUGUCUAAAUGGCCAACAGGUGAAUUGUAGUUCCUCCCAUCUUGUGGAAUAGCAUUUACCGUAAUUCCCGGCCUACAGAGCGCACCUGGUUAUAAGCCUCACCCAGUACAUUUGUAAAGGAAAUACCAUUUGGUACAUAUAUACGCCGCACCUGUGUAAAAGCUCCAAGUGGCCACAUUGAAACAAGAGAUAUUUACAAAUAAAGACGGUACACAGAGAGUUUAACGCUAACACUGCCGUGGUAACACAAGCGCCGCGCUAACAGGGCCGGUUUAAAAAAAAAAACAUCCCGGUAAAAAUCACUUAGACACAACAGUAACACGCUAGCGCAGCGCUAACAGGGCCGGACCGGUAAAAGUCACUUCCUUGGUACAUAUAUUCCCACCGGUCUCACUCUUAGCUUUUCCGCUCGAGUGGACCCAUGCGGCCGCUAGAAAAAAAGGCACAAAUUAGCCGCAUCACCACAUAAACCGCAGGUUUGAACGCGUGUGAAAAAAGUUGCGGCUUGUAGGCCGGAAAUUACGGUAAUUGUUUCGUUUGAAUAAAAAAUACAUUAGUUGUAAAUAAUUCACGAUUUGCGGACCAAUUUCCCGACUGCCAGGUUGUUGGGGAUCACUGGUCUGUGGUAGCAGCAGCUCCAGGAAUUGGCCACCAAAAUGGCCGACUUCCUGUUCCGUUUCCGUGUGUCUUGUUACGUGUGGCGGUGGUAGCCAUCACCGAAACGUGUGUUUGGGUCUCAGUUUUCCAAGCGGCACUACUGAGCUUUUCGGGGGGGGGGGGGUUGUCGGCAACCCUCAAAAUUCACACAUUUUUUAUUUUGAUUUUUUUGUACCACCUAAAGCACCUUAAACGCGAUCAUCACACUGGCCGUGCACUUCCUGCUGUCCUUCGGUAUAUCAUUCAAAGAAAUAAUCAAAUACAGCUUCUUCUGUAAAGCAAGGGCUUCUUAAACUUGUCGGGGUUUUCCUCUGAUCCCCGAGACCAGAGUUUAAGAACUCCUGCUGUAACCCGAUUUUAUUCUAGAUGCUCCACUUUCAUGAUUUACGCCGGCAUACUCGAUGCUGGUAUGAUUACUAUGAAUAUUAUUGUUUGAGGUGUUUAAGUGAGGACGAAAUGAAGCGUGAGUGUGUACGUGUGGGAAGGAGAAGCUGAAAGUGCAUUUGGGGAGCGUCAGGUGGCCUUGGCUUUGACUGGCGUGGGAAUAAUAAUGAGAAAACUCCCUAAAAGUGGGGAGUUGCGAGGGCGCGUCGCGGAAAUUCUGAACAUGUCCUGCAUUGUGUAACAUUUCGGGGGGGGGGGGGUCCUCUGCACGCAACUACUGUCGCCGCAGUGCAUCUACGCCUUUAUAAAUAAACACAAUGAUUAAUGAAGGAUGGGAAAUUUGGGGUUUUUUUGGGGGGCGGUCUUGGCUUGUGGGUUAUACCUAAGUAGGAAACUGUACAAAAAUGUCCUCUCGCUCACACAAGUUGUGAUUUCAAUCUUUUUCUUGGGGUGACAUUUUUGUACAAAAUUUUACUGAAAAUCUUUUACGAUCAAUCAAUCUAAUAAGACAAAUUGUAGGCUUUAAAACUUGAAUUUGAUCACAAACUGUAUUUAUAGUUAAAAGUAUGAGUAAACUGCUUUUUCAUCAGCUUUAAGAUUUCUCUUCUGGGACUAAAAGUGAUGACAUUUGACCUUUUAAAUGAUCCAAAUCAUUUAUUCUUUGUACAUUGGCACUGCAAAUAUUUUUUUUUUCCAAGUUUACAUUCACCGUUUGUUUGUGUAGCCCUUUUCUCACAUUUGAUUGAAUCAACCCCAGUAAGAAAACAAAAUAUUCCAAAUUUGGUGCGUUAUUGACUCGGCCUCCGUGAGACAAAACACUGACAAUUAUACAAUAAUGAUCAUGACAAUAAAAAAAUCUCAUUCUGCCU